CUGUCAAUGGCCGCCCCGCAGGCCCCGGGGGAGAAGAAGGUGAGCAUCUCGGCGGGGCCCCCGGCCGAUCCGCCCGGCGCCGACGCCCCCGAGCCGGGCGAGCCCCCCGCGCGCUCCUGGCGGCGCAAGUGCGCGUCCUACGUGCUGGCCCUGCGGCCCUGGAGCUUCAGCGCGUCGCUCACGCCCGUGGCCCUGGGCAGCGCCUUGGCCUACCGCGCGCAGGGCGCCCUGGACCCCCGGCUCCUGCUGGGCUGCGCCGUGGCCGUGCUGGCCGUGCACGGGGCCGGCAACCUGGUCAACACCUACUACGACUUCUCCAAGGGCAUCGACCACAAGAAGAGCGACGACCGGACCCUGGUGGACCGCAUCCUGGAGCCCCAGGACGUGGUGCGCUUCGGGGUGUGCCUCUACACCCUGGGCUGCCUGUGCGCGGCCGGCCUCUACUCCCUGUCCCCGCUCAAGCUCGAGCACUUGGCCCUCAUCUACUUCGGAGGGCUGUCGGGCUCCUUUCUCUACACCGGAGGAAUCGGCUUCAAGUACGUGGCCCUAGGCGACCUGGUCAUCCUCAUCACUUUUGGCCCGCUGGCGGUGAUGUUUGCCUACGCUGUUCAAGUGGGGUCCCUGGCCGUGUUCCCCCUUCUCUACGCCGUGCCGCUGGCGCUGAGCACGGAAGCCAUACUGCACUCUAACAACACUCGGGACAUGCAGUCGGACAGCGAGGCGGGCAUCAUCACGCUGGCCAUCCUCAUCGGGCCUGCUGGCUCCUACGCGCUCUACAGCGCCCUGCUCUUCCUGCCCUAUGUUAUCUUCAGCAUCCUGGCCACACGCUACACCAUCAGCCUGGCACUGCCCCUGCUCACCCUGCCCGCCGCCUUCUCCCUGGAGCGCCAGUUCCGGGCCCAGGCCUUCCACAAGCUGCCCCAGAGGACUGCCCGCCUCAACCUCCUGCUGGGCUUCUCCUAUGUCUGCGGCAUCAUCCUGGCUCCCGAGGGCAGCCUACCCAAACUUGUGGGGGACCAAUAGUGGCUGCCUGUCACCACCCCUACUCCCCGCUCUGUGGGACAGAGCCGAAGGCAGACCCAGCGGAGGAGAGAAGAUGGUUUCACAAACCCCAGAGGAUGGCUUGUGAAUUGUUUCCGUCUGAAUAGUCACCUUCUUUCUGGAA